GAGAAAAUCACAGCAAGACAAGGUCACGUUUCUCCCCCAGCAGAGGGAGAGAAGGGAAGAUUUUUUUUUGUAUGCAGCCAGACUCUUUCCCUUCAAAGUACCUGGAUUGCAUUCCCAAGGACUGUCAACGCGGCUCGGUUUACCUCUAUACACCACUGGAUUUCAACUGGUAGGGCUCACGAAUGCCUGGAUUUUUUUUUUUUUGACAUGACAUGGAUGAGGGAAUGUGUUUUUUUCUAACAGACCAAAUAGCCGCAUUUUAACGACGCUGCAAGUGAUGUCUUUUUCCUUAUUCUCUGAAACGAACGAACUAGCUGGAGCUUUCAUUAGAUGCCAAACGUCAGUAUGCUGUAGAAAAAAGGGUUAUUAUUUAAAAACAACUGCAUUUGCUUCCCACAAAAGUUGAUGACUAUAACAAAAAUACCAAUUUUGCAACAGGGGUAGAAUAAAAAGGAUUCCACAAACUGUGGUGGAGGCGUGGAUGUUUUGAUCCUAAAUUUAUUUUGUCACAGGGUAUCCUGGAUGAUGUAUAUUGUGCUUGCGGGCAGUUUUUUCGGAAUGCUCUGACUUUGGACUUUGUUAAAAAGGUGAUCCAUGCCCUAUCAUCAUUACUAUCAUAAUCACCAUGUCCCCACCAGCCUCUGCUGCGGCGAUGGCCAGUGAAAGCAGCACCACCAACAUACCCGAUGAAGAGGAGGCUGAGAAUGGCAGGGAAGAGCAGCGACCACUGAAGCAGUCCCUUAGCAAAUCACUGUGCAGAGAAUCCCACUGGAAAUGCCUCCUGCUUUCCCUUCUCAUGUAUGGAUGCAUUGGAGCCAUGACCUGGUGCCACGUGACCACAGUCACCAGACUGAGCUUUGGCACCGCCUACAAUGAGGACACCAUGAUAUACCAUGACAGCCCCUGUUCUAAUGGCUAUGUCUACAUCCCCCUGGCCUUCCUGGUCAUGCUUUAUGUCGUGUAUCUGGUAGAAUGUUGGCACUGCUAUACCAGAAAUGAGCUGCAGUACAAAGUAGAUGUGGAAAGCAUCUCCGAACGGAUACAGAGGAUGCAGCAAGCCACACCAUGCAUCUGGUGGAAGGCUAUCAGCUACCAUUAUGUGCGAAGGACAAGGCAAGUCACGAGAUAUAGAAAUGGAGAUGCCUACACCACAACCCAGGUUUAUCACGAAAGGGUCAACACCCAUGUGGCUGAAGCUGAGUUUGACUAUGCCAACUGUGGAGUAAAAGACAUUUCCAAGGACCUCAUGGGCUUGGAGAGCUUUGCUGUCACCAAGCUGAGGUUCACCAAGUGCUUUAGCUUUGCUAAUGUUGAGUCAGAAAACUCAUACCUGACCCAACGUGCUAGGUUCUUCACCGAAAACGAAGGCUUAGAUGACUACAUGGAGGCAAGGGAAGGAAUGCAUCUUAAGAAUGUAGACUUUAAAGAAUACAUGAUUGCCUUUUCCAAUCCAGACCACCCCCCUUGGUAUAUCUCCCACUAUGUCUUCUGGAUUACAGCCCUUUUGACUCUGUCUUGGCCUCUUAGGGUGCUGACAGAGUAUCACACUGCUUAUGUCCACUACCAUGUGGAAAAACUUUUUGGCUUCGACUAUGUUCCUGUGACCCCAUCUGAGGAGCGGCCCUACUGCAGGAGGAUACCUCGGGUUAACACCAUUGACAGCACAGAGCUUGAGUGGCACAUUAGGUCCAACCAACAGCUGGUCCCCAGCUACUCCGAGGCCGCCUUAAUGGACCUUGCCCAGCUCUCCCGCUGCAACACUUACACUGUGUGCAAUUAUGGUAGCUACAGACAGAACUGCGAGAGGUGUCACCGAACCAUCAGCAGCUCUUCCAUCUUCUCCAGGAGUGCGCUAAGCAUAUGUAAUGGCAGUCCUAGGAUCCCCUUUAGCGCUAGCAGGUUCUCACUGGGACGUCUCUAUGGGUCGAGACGCAGCUGUCUGUGGAGGAGCCAGAGUGGGAGUCUUAAUGAACAGAAUUGCCCCAACGAGAAUACACGCUGCUUGUCCGGGCUGAUCACAAAUGAAGAGGAUCCUCCACCCUAUCAGGACGCCCUUUACUUCCCUGUUUUAAUAGUUCACAGGAAUGAAGGCUGCCUCAACCAUGAUCACAGGACCCUGCACAGGAAUGGCUCCUGCGUCGAAACAUCCUUAUAACUAAAUAUGGGAACUUAAAAUCAAGGUAGAUUUGGUGAAUAUGUGCUUUGCUGUUUCAUAGAAACCAAAUUGUAUACUGUUUACACAUUUGGAAUUUAUGGAGUGACUAAAGUUGUGUUAAAAUAUCUGAGUAAAAGAAAAAGUUGUAGUGCCCCACACAGUUAAAACAGGUUUAUAUAUUUAAGAUGGUUACCUUAUAAGCCCAUACUGAAAAUAUCGUCAAAAAUAUAGUGCUUCCUGUAAAAUGUUCAAAGUAUUAAACAAAAAUACCAUUCCUUUGUAGUCGGUACUAUUUUAUUUUGCCCAUUUAGUUAACAGAGAAAGAUGAAUAAAAUGUAUGUGCCUGGAACUGAAACUAAGACAUUUGGAGAAUGUAAACAGACUGGGAAUAACAUGUGAAGUGCACAGAAGGGUUAACUAUGGAAGAAUGUAGUAAACAGUCACCAGGGAUCAUAACUUUGUAUACAAUUUUAUAUGAUAGUGGGUCACUGCUGCUUUCUUUUUCUUUUAUUUAACUAAAAUUGUCAUGAUUUAUGUAAUAUGUGGCCAGCUGGAUAUAUAUGUCAAGUCUAUUACUGUUUAUCUACUAGUGAUACUGUUGUUAUUGUUUUUAUCAAAUUGUCUCCAUGGAGGGGGCUCCCGAGUGGCGCAUCCGGUAAAGGCGCCCCGCAUGGAGUGCAGGAUGUACCCUAUAGCCUGGACGUCGCUGGUUCGGGGGGUGGGUUUAGGUCGGCCAGGGUGUCCUCGGCUCACCGCGCACCAGCGACCCCUGUAGUCUGAUUGGGCGCCUGCGGGCUUGCCUGAGAGUUGCAUUGUCCUCCGACGCUGUAGCUCUUGGAUGGCUGCAUGGUGAGUCUGCAGUGUGAAAAAAGCAGUCGGCUGAUGACACAUGCUUCGGAGGACAGCGUGUGUUUGUCUUCGCCGCUGCCGUGUCAGCACAGGGGUGGUAGCAGUGAGCAGAGCCUAAAAAAAAUAAUUGGCCAUUCCAAAUUGGGAAAAAAUAAUAAAAACAAUAAUUGGCAAUGACUAAAUUAAAAAAAAAAAAAAAAAAAAAUUGUGUCCAUGGAUUGCCAUAUAUCAACAACCACUGAAGCAGUCUCUUGGCAAAUCUCUGUGCAGAGAAUCCCACUAAAAGGACAUGCAGCUUUCCUUGCUCGUGUAUUGGUGCAUGGGGGCCAUGACCUAGUGCCAUGUGACUACAGUCUUUAGUCUGACUUUUGACACCAAAAUAUACCAUGACAGCCCCUGCUGCAAUAACUAUGUCUACAUCGUCCUGGCCUUGCUGGUUAUGCUUUUUGUUAUGUACCUGGUGGAAUGUUGGCACCUCUACAACAGAAAUGAGUUGCAGUACAAUAAGGAUAUUAAAAGAGUUAGGUACAAAGAAUACAGCAAGCCAUUCAUCUGGUGGAAGGCCAUCAAUUACCAUUAUGUGCAAAGGACUGGGCACAUAAUACAAUAUGUAGGGCAUUUCCAAAGACCCCGUGGGACUAGAGAGAUUUGCCGUCACCAACCUGAGGUUUACCAAGUACUUUAGCAUUGAUACCAUGGAAUCGGUUUAAUAUCAUGGACAGCACGGCACAUCAGGUCCAACCGACAGCUGGUCCCAAGUCUUAAUAAACCUAUCCCAGCUCUGCAGCUGCAACGCUUACACUGUGUGAAACUAUAGUAGCUUUGAGAGAAGCUACAGUAUCUUAACCAUGAGUGCACCAAGCAUAUACAGUGGCAGUGCUAGGAUCACUGGGACAUCUCUGUAGCUUAUGACACACAGAGUGGGAGUCUUAAACAAUUAGAACUACCCCAAUGGGAACAUCUGCUGUUUGUCUGAUCAGAUCAGAGGUGAAAUAGAUCCUCAUUCCUAUCAAGACGCCUUUUACUUCUAUUGCUUACAGAAACAAAGGCUGUCACAACCAUAAUCACAGGUCCCUGCAGAGGACUGCCCCCUGCAUCGAGACAACUAUAUGACUAGAUAUGAGAACUUAAACUCUGAGGAUAUAUAUACAAAAUAUAAAAAAGGAAUGUAUUUCCCAAGGUUUUCCAACGGUCAUUCGCACAGUUGCAAAGUCCAAGAAUCUACGGAUUUAACAUAUGAAGAAUGCUGCAAGCUAAUUGUCUUUCAAUGUUGAUUAGCAGAAAAAUUAAGAAUCAUAUAUGUCCAUGGAAUUAUAAUACCACUUUUUAACAAAGUUCCCGGUGCCUUGGUAAGUGAAAACAUAAUGACUUCUCAAGAACACACUCAUCCAGGGACCUGUUAGUAUAAAUAGGGGAUGUAUUAGGGCUCUGGAUCGAUACCAGUUCAUUAGCCUCAGCAACCUGAAGCAGUACAUCCCACAGUUAUUGCUUUCUACUGAUAUUUGUUAGGGGCAACCUAUUCAAUUAUAAGAAAAGUAUUACAUAAAUCUAAGGGAAUGCCAUUCUUAUGUACCAGCUGCAGUCAAAGCAUAUUUCAGUCUUGAGCUUUAAUACCAUACCUAAGGAAUUAAAAGCAACAACCUUGAAAAGUCACAAGCUAAAAAAGCAGUAUUUGAGGACGUGGAUGUUUUUAAUUAAAAUGAAAGUCUUAUUACAUUACAAAUAGUAUUUUAAAAGAAUAUUAACUAAUUAGAAUGGCAACAUUCUCACAAGGCCCCCUAUUGAUUUGCUGUUUAUCUUUUUGUUUUCCAGACUUUAAUAUUACUGUAAUAUAAUGUUCACACAACCUUGCAAGUACUUGUGCUUUAGGUAAUUGGCCCUUGUGUGAGCCAUACACUUGCCUACUAAGGAAUACAUAGGAAAUGAUGUGAGGUCAGAUGGGGUCCUGUUAUCUGUAACACAGGAAAUAAAUGGGGAAACCAGUAUUUCAGUUUGUUCCGUGGCAGGAUACACCGGUUUACUGAAUGCAAGUGAAAAUGUUCAAAAAACUUAUGAAGGGCUUUUGUGAAAACAUUGUUAAAGCCUUGGUAUCUAUAUAUUUUAAAGUGAAUAUUUAUAGUGUGGAAGUUUAACAAAACAGAGCUUACCUUUGUUUUGUUUAAUAUUCACAUUCCUUUGAAUAAUUUAUUUAGGCUUGUAUAUGCAACUUUAACAUUACAAUUAUUGUAAGCAUCUCUCCUCAGAAAUUGUAAACAAAAUAUCCCCAACAACCAUGGCUGCUCAAUGUUUCUUACUGUGACGUAAUGAUUUCCUGACCUCAAGCAGAGCCAUGGUGGUGACAUGCAAAUUGACCCCUAAGCAAUCAGGUGGGCGGGCCUGGGUCCUAAAAUUUCUACACACACACAUAACUGAGAUUAUUAUUUUUUUAAUCUCGAUGAAUCACAAUUCAUUUUUGUAAUCACUUGAUA